AUGAUUCCCGACGGGUCUGAGCGGGGCGACCCGAGCACUCAGCACCCAGAGCAAGCAACUGCUGACCCCCGAACAUCCCGCAGGACGCACAGAGACAGGCCCCAGGGUCCUGGUGCAGAGGCCUACACCUUCCAAGAAGCCGCGCAGUGCCCAGACUUCACGCAAUCGGUGCACGGAGAGAAGGCGUGCAGCGAGCUGCGCGACCGAGCCCGCGGCUGCUGGAAAAGCCCAGCCGCGGCAGACGCGGCCGCGCCACCGGGGAACAGCAAGGGAGCACACCGUGCGGCGCUGCCGGCCUGCGGGAGUCCUCACCGCAGCACUGGCAUUUCUCCUUAUCCUGCCGAAGAGACCCUCGGCAACAACGCCUAG